AUGGUUCUGAUCUCACCCCACGCCAUGCAACCCACCCGGGCGUCCACCACCGUCAGUGUGUUCGCGGACUGCAGCAUCCCCGCCGGGCUUCGGAUAGGACCAGUACCGGGCAUCUUCAAGCUCGGGAAGUACGUGUCAGACAGAAAGGAGGCAGGACCCAAAAAGAAGGUUCGCUUAGUAAGGGGAGAGUUCGUGGAUGAAUCGGGCUGUCCCGUGCCAGACUGGAUCGGGUUCAUCCGCGCAGCCAGGAACAGUCAGGAGCAAAACCUGGAAGCAGUGUCAGACCUACCUGGUGGACAGAUUUUCUACCGCGUCCUGAGGGAAAUCCCGGCCGGAGAGGAGCUCAGUGUUUGGUACUCCAACGCUCUGGCGCAGUGGUACGACAUCCCAACCACGGCCACUCCCACGCACGACGAGAAAGGUGAGGAGCGUUACAUCUGCUGGUACUGCUGGAGAAUAUUUAAAUACCCGAACACACUCAAGGCCCACAUUCACUUCCACUGCGCCCUGAGCAACGGGCGGGGGUUUGUGAGCAGCGAGCAGGUCAGAGGCACAGAGACAUUCAGCAGGUCUCCAAAGUCAGGAGACAUCCCCAACACCUCCACAUCUCCGAGGAGCGGUCACACCAACACCUCCAUCUCAGACUCUAACAGGCGGGCUGUGUCCUCCUCCCCUUUUCUAAACAAAGUCGGACUGUCAAAGAAAAGCAGCUCAGAGGAGCAGGACAGGGCGCUCGACAUGAGCGUCACCUCGGCCAGAAACCAAGGACACAUCCUCGGCCUCGGGGCCACAUCCUCAGUGCUGAGCAGCAUGGGCUUCCACCCGGGCGUGCGCUCUGCUUUCAAACCUACCGGGGUCUCCAAAGUCCCGGGCGCAGACGUGUCCAGGGAUGACACGAAUGGGAAGCUGAGCGGCCUGGGGUUCAGCAAACUCAUUGGGAACAUGAAACCAAUCCGCAAUGUGGGCGAGACUCUCAAUGGAGGAGGGAACCAUCCCUCUAAGUGCGCACCUGCGCUUAUGGACUCCACAUCUCCAAUGGUGCCAUGCGCAAACAACCUCCGGAGUUUCCCGUUGUUGCCGCACAUGGAGGAGACUUCAGCCUUUAAGCACGUGGAGAGCAGGAUGCACUCCGGCCUGUCCCCAUCCCGUUACCCUCAGAUGCCCCCUGGACUCCACUUUGAGAGGUUCUCUCUGCCUCACUUCGAUGGAGUCAAGACGUACGGAGGAGACUGUAACAUCCCGAUCAUGCCCUUCACUGUUUAUAACGGGGAGCUGCUCUACAGCUCUCCCUACUAUCCGCUUAAAUUCCACUUCAGCAACCUGCUUAAAUACCCCGAAUCUGUGUCCUACUUCGGUGCACCCCCUCUGAGCCAAGACCUGGGCUCUAUCACCAACAUAGACCGAGAGAUCGCCAUGCACACGCAGCAGCUGUCUGAAAUCGCAGCGGAGAAGAACCGGACCAGGCUGGACUCGAUGCCCGCCGGAAACGCCAGCAACACCGGCUCCGGCAAGCCCAAAAAGGGGCACCUGUGCCUGUACUGCGGCAAGCUGUACUCCCGGAAAUACGGCCUGAAAAUCCACAUGAGGACUCACACAGGCUACAAGCCGCUCAAAUGCAAAGUGUGCUUCAGGCCGUUUGGAGACCCCAGCAACCUGAACAAACACAUCCGGCUGCACGCGGAGGGAAACACGCCCUACAGGUGCGACUUCUGCGGGAAGGUGCUCGUGCGGAGGCGGGACCUGGAGAGGCACGUGAAGUCCAGACAUCCCGGGCAGACCAUCAAGAAGCUGGACGACAAAACGGGAGGCCUGUUCGAGGACGCAGAGCACAAGAGCGACAAUGACAGUGACGUGGACGUGUGCUUCACCGACGACCAGAGCGACCAAGAGUCGAGUAAAAAUAAUGACUGA